AUGCAAGCUGUGUUACCCGUACAUGUUCACGUUGAGAAUGAGUGGCAAGAUGAGGGAAAAUCUGAUCGUCGUCAUACACCUCGAACAAGAAUGAGAACAUGUGUAACCAACAAAACAAAAACAAAAAGUAGCGUGACUAUCGUACCAAAGCAAACACAGAAAACUCGUUCACGAAGUCCAAGCCCAAGCCGAGAACCGUGGAUUCCUCCUCCUGGAAGAACAACAAAAGGCCAGAGAUUUGCCUGGCAGAGUCCAAAAUCCCGUUUAGAGAUCAAUCCAGUAACAGAAAUUACAAUUAACGACGACACAGAUAAUGAAGAUUAUCAAGAGAGUGAACGUCCUCAACGGACAAUAAGUGCCUCAAGAGUUUCCGCUGAACAACAAGAACAGCUAGCAACUGAAAUAAAAACAUAUGAAAAACGAAUACAAACAUUAAUCGAAAAUAUUGGCAUGCUGAAAGAAAAAGCUCAACUGAAAGGAAAUCAAUCUCAAGCCGAUAAUCUCCGUUCUGAAAUUGGUUCAUCAUUAGUUGAACUUGAACAAUUACAAAAACAGUAUGCUCAAAGGGUGGCAUCUAUGCAAAGUCAAACAACAACGGUACCAAGUUAUUCGUCAAAUUCUGUUGCUCCUUUUGACAAUGUUAAUCAAGAAACAACUGAGCCCUUUUCUAAUAGAACAAAUAGAGUUACAAGGUCACGGUCAUCCUCGCAAUCACCGAUUAGAACAAAAAGUCCGUUGAACACGAAUAACAAUAAUACGCAACAAUCAAGAUCAUGGAGUGCCGAUCAAAAACGACGUUUAACGCCAAAAGUAUCAUUCGAAGACACGGAAAAUUUUUCUAGAAAGAGUACAACGCCAACAAGAGGUCCACUUCGGCUCAAUCCCGAAAGAGAGCGAUUGUUAGUUGCUCUCUCCGCAUCGGAAACUGAUAUCGCAGCAAUUAUCGCACAACUUUCAAGUUUGAAGGACAUCCUCACCAAAUUAAAAGUGGAUGAUCAACCAGUAUCAUAUGAAAUUGAUCAAUUAUAUAAGCAACGCAAUCAAUUGUUGAAUUUUAUUGAACAAUUUGAAAAAUCUAAUUCAUCGCUAAAAGAUUUUCUUCAACAUCAGUACCAUUUAGAGGCAGAACAUGGUCAUUUACAUGAAGAAAAAGAAAGUCUAUUAACACGUCUCCAUUAUGUUGAAAAUGAAAAUAGACAAAUACGUCGUCUUUUAUUAGAUCGUGAGAACGAUAAUAUAUCACUGAAUCAAGACUUAGAUAAGCUUCAUUCACAUACAAUCGGUUUCGAUACAAUAAAGACGUCGUUAGAAACAAAUCGAGCACAUUUGCAGCGUGAGCUGCAUGCAAAGGAGGGCGACAUAAAUCGAUUACAAUGUCAACUUCGAAUGCUCGAACGUGAUUUGCAUAAAAAUCGUUCACAAUGUGAAAAUCUGCAACGUUCAAUUGAAAAAAAAAAUGAUUUACGUAAACCAAUGUUUUCUGGUGUAAAUCGUCGCCGAGUAAUAAAUACUGAAAAAUUACAAACACAAUUGAAUGAGAAAGAUGAAUAUAUUGAAAAAUUAGAAAAACAAUUGAUAGAUCUUAAGAGCGGUGGUAAAGUUCAUGAAAAAUUGAUUAAUGCUGAAACAGAAAUAACACGUUUGCAAACAAAAUUAGAACAUAGUGAGCGACUGAUGAAAGACUAUAAAGAGCAAUUGAAUACGUCAACGUCAAAAAUUGAACGAAACAAUUUAACAAAAAAUCAUUUAUCUGAAAUGGAAUUGGAAAAAAGGCGUGUUAUACUACAAAAACGUAUUGAAGAACUCGAACCUUUACCCGAACUGUUGAGACAGGCUGAAUUUAAAAAUCAAGAAUUGCAAACAAAACUAAUUGAAUGUGAAAAACGAAUAAAUGAACAAACGUCGUAUAUCAAUGAAUUAACAUCAAAACAUAGUGUACAAUAUCGUCUAUUAGACAGAAUGAAAGAAAAAACAUAUUCUUCAGACGACGAUAAUCGAACGUUGCAGCAAAAAAUCGAUUUACUUGAACGACAACUAUGUGCUUCUGAAGAAGAAAAUACAAAUAUUCACAGAAAUCUUAAUAUUAAAGAUGAAACAGUGCGCGAUUUACAAGCUCGGUUAAAUUCAAAAACAUUUGAACUUUCAUCAAUAACAAAACAAUUUGAUAAUACACAAAACGAUAUUAAAGCCAAAGAGGUGGAAAUAAGAGACACCUUUGGCUCAAAAGAACGUAUGCUACAACAACGCGUACAUGACUUGGAUAAUCAACUAAGUAAACUUCGCCUCGAAUUUGGACAGUUAAAACGAGAAAAAGAAGAACUUGAACGUCGGAAUACAUUACAGUUAAGUGAUUUACGUGAUAAAUUAGAACAAUCCCAUAAUACAAAUCGUUCAAUGCAAAAUUAUGUUAAUUUUCUAAAAACAACCUAUUCCAGUGUGUUUAACGAUUCUCUAAACACAUUUCCAUCGACGGUUAGAUUAAAUACUAUUCUUGAUACGCCCAUAACAUUUCCCUGA